UUAAAGGAAGAUAAAUAAAGUAAGAGCGGGCUGACGAAACGGUGUCUGUGACAGCUCACAUGUGUUUAGUUUGGUAGUAGCGCUCAUGGAUAAAUGAAGUUGUGUUAAGUUUACAAUGGAUUUACAGUCUCCGGAAACGUUUGUAUCUCUGUUUCUGGAGAUCCGGAAAAAAACGCAGAGUGGACAUCUAAUUUUGGGAGGAGCAGGGAUAAAAUUGAGCAAUGUUGCUGUGUCAGUAGUUACCCCUUCAUCUCUCCAGCUGAAGGUUGCUGAACACGUUCAGAACAUAGAACUUCCAGAAGGGGUCAGGAUUGUACCAUCCUCCUGUCAGAAGCUUCAGCACUUUGCUGCAGAUAAUCUGUGUUUGCGAUUUCAAGUCCACACUGAGAAUAAUGCAGAAUUUUCUCCUACUGUGUUAGAAAGCAUGAGAGCACAGAAGAGGUAUACCUUUUACUGCCAGUCCUGCAAAGAGGUCAUUAUAAGUCAGUGGGAAUUCAUCAGGGUUCUUCCAUUACCAAGUGGAGGCUGGAAUGAUGUGGUUGGAGAAUGGUGUUGUCACCCUGAUCCUUUUGCUGGUCGAAAACUUCUUCCACGAGAAAAUGACUGUUUACUCGGAGAUACUUUCUUACUGGUGGAAUCUGGAAGUUUUUGUGAUUCAGUGAUCUGGGAACCCAGAACUGACCUGAAAAAGGACAAGAGUCUACCUACGGAUGUGAUUGGUUCAAUAUCAAAAGGAAAAGAAAAUACCACCAUCUUCUGUAAACAUUGCAAGUCAAUUUUGGGAGAAGCUGCUUCACAAGAAACUGCAAAGCUGUACAUUACAGAACUGAUCAUCUUACCAGCUUUUGAGGAAAUCAGUAAAAUAGAAUUGGAUCACAGAUCUCAGUUUGUUGAAAGUUUUGUAGCUCGUAGACUUGCAGAACUGUCUGAUGCCAAAAGUAUUUUCAGAUUUUCCUUGGAAGGAUUGGAAGGAACAGUGUUUGCACUGCUUUGGCUUUUAAACUCUGAUACACUGCUGGUAGGUUGUUUCAGAAAUCUGACAUGUGAUAGCAUCUCGAAUGUGGCAGGAGAAAACACACUCAACAGCAGCCAGCAAACAUCUUAUGAAGCUAGAAGUGCAGUGAAAGUCCUGUAUCAACCUUGUGUACAGAAUGAGAACGGAAAUGUCAUAAAUAUUUGGGAAAAUGAUAUUGGAGUGCAUUCCUUAACUCUACCUACACAAACCUGUUCAGAGGUAUUGCAAAUACUCUCCUCAAGUACGCUAUCUCUUCCUUCAUCACUUCGUAGUAUGAACUCUUUCCAAGUGGCCUUUCUAAGACUUUAAAAAAUGCAGACAUCUGGGUCCAGAUUAUUAACACCAAGAGGACAAUUACUAAAACAAUUUUGUUGUGAUGUCUGAGGUCUCUAGUAAUUAGCUUUCUCAUACGAAUGAAUCCUAUUAAGACAGUCUGCAUGCUAGACGUGAACUGCAUUUGAGGCAUAUCGUAGGUCUUCAUUUUGGAGAAGUCAUUUGCUGUCAACAGAAGAAAAGCAAAAUAACAAUUCAGGUGAACUUGAAAUAUAAUUUUUCUAACCAUACAAUCAGAAUGACUUUGUGCAUUCACAGACAUUGUGUCCAUAAUUUUCAACUGCAGCUCUUCAUAAAUCAGAGGAAAAAUAUUUUACGGAGUCAUACAACAAUAUGUUGGCUGGUUCACUGUUCAUAUGUUUUAUUAAAACAUUUUUUUUAUCAAGCCUUGGACUAAAAAGUUUUCAAAGGAACUAAUUUGCCAGGUUCAAAAGACUGCAUCUUAAGCUAAAAGCUAACCACAGUUUCGCUUAUUUAGAACUAGUCACUUAAACUGGUCAGUGGAGAGCAAACCGCUGCAAUCACUGAUUCCAGUGAAGAGGCAGACAAAUCUGGAGUGAGGUUAUGUUUUAUAGAAUAGUUUUUCAUUUAAGUGUAUUGUUCUUCACAUUUGCACAGUUGUGUAUACAAUUUCCUUUUUCAUGUAUCAGCUGUUUGUUGUUUAUACCGAUUUCCAAUAAAGGUAUCUGAAGAGAAAUCA